GACAGAAAAAAAGAAAUCUACAAAGUAUUAAACCUUAAUGAUCAAUUUUGACUAUUAAGUAACAGAUGGAGCGGAAAAAAUAAUGACUUAAAAAAAAAUAAGAAACUUCACGGCGGAAAUUGUUAAUAUCAUACCUUAAAAAACACCACCGUGGAAAAUUUAAAGAUUUGAUGGAAUCUUCAACAAAAGGCAAGAAUUUCUUACCGUAAAAUCUAGCAAAUUCAAUUGAAUAUGAUCCUUCUUCGUUCACUGAUAUCAAAAUUGAUUAUUCUAUUAAUUCUAACGACGGAAGUAGUUUCGAAACCUUUACAUUGGAUUGAUGAAAAUGAAGAAAUCGAUUUUGGCAAGAAAAUAACAAAACCUUAUCGGGGUUCACUUCUAAAGAACGGUCUCGGUUUAAAAUCAGUGUUUUAUAAUGAUGGACAAGACGAUGAGGAGUGGGAUUAUGAUAAAAGAAUUGGAAAUUAUUAUAGAAAAAGUCCGUUUUCUGAUAAAAUUAAUGGUUUAUUUAAAGUAUUCGAAAACGAUAAAGAUUGGGAUAACGGAAGAGAUUGGGAGUUUAAAAAGAAAUUUAAUGAAAAAUAUGGAAAAUAUUUUCCGAGAAUGAAGUGAAACUGCAAAAUACUAAGACGAUAAGAAGGACUAAGACCGUAUACAGGUGUCCCGCAAUAGAUUGCAAAGACGCCGAUUGCCUGGGUCUGAUUUACGAUCUUCUAUUGGAUGACUUUAAACGGUUCCUGUGCGGUUAUUAUAAAAUUUCGAAAAAAAUUUAUUAGAAAAAUCGUUUCAGAAUAAUGUAAUGCUUUGAUCCGGAAGA